GUGAACUUUACGAUGUCAAUUAGUAACAUUCAAACUGAUGACCCCUUACCUUCAAACUCACCAAUUCAUCCUCGUCAACAUCUUGCUACCCUUCAAUCCCAUCAACAUAUUAUCACGGCUUUAGCUCAGCUUGGUGAGCUUUAUACUGCUUACCUCUUUGAUUCAAUCAAAGAAUCUGAGUACUGAUUUCAAUUGACCAAAGUGCUGUUUACCAAAUACAAUUCACGGAAUUUAAGCUCAAUAGAUCUUUGGCCCGAAAGACUAGAACAGCCACUCACGCAGAUAGACGAUCUUAGGCCAUCGGUCUCUUCACUCGCUCAAGAUGCAUCAACCCUUCAUGAAGUGGUAACCAAACGGGCAGCUGUAGCGGAAAGAAUAUCAAGCAAGGCUCGCAUCCUAGACCUCAAACGGAGCAGGGUCAAGGAAUGCCUCGAUCGGGUCCAAGCUGUCACGCAACUUCAAGACGCCUCGAUCGAUGUAUUUCAAGCGAUCGAGAAAGCUGAUCGGGAAGCUGCUACACGACAUAUCCAACGUGUCAAUGGAAUCAAUCCACAAACAAUUCGUACUCGAUUUGCAGAAGCAGUGGUGGUAGGCGACUUUAUACAGUCUUUUGGAUCGCUGUACUGAAGACAAAACGACUCUCAUAUGUUUAUUUUGUCAGCCUAUGUACGACCGAUAUACCUGAACAACCUUCGAUCGCUUUAGAAAACUUUACAAAACAAUUAACUGGAAUCUUCUUAAAGGCUUUCACUCAGGCUGCGAAUUCAAAAGAUGAAGCUACUACUAAUUGAUUCUUUGAACCCUUUCCACUCUUAGGGUCUAAAGCAUCCGAGGCUGGUUUAUCAGCUUACUCCGAUUUU